AAAAGGUGGACUAUUUUCGGAUCCUUCACUCGGAGCUCUGGACGCGGUAUAUGAGAAUUGCGAUCGUUUGAAGACACGACUACGGUGAUAAUCUAUCCUACCCGUGGUCGGGUGAGCAUCUCUAGAUGGAAUCCGACGCAUGAGACCAUGGUUUUUCCUAGUACUUGGAUAUAAAUGUCAGUAAUGGCUCACGAACCAGCAGUCUCUCAUGGAGAUUUUCCCAUAAGGCCAUAUUCGACAAGACGAUGCUCACAUUAUUGAUUCUUCUUUGCGCCUUGGUCAGGGGCAUUCUGGGUUCAUUCCCAGAUCCGAAGUCGAUUCUAGAGCAGCUGAGAAGGACAGGCGCCUGUUGUACGGCACUUGAUUACUUCCUUCCCGGAAAGGUCCAUUUCAACAACAUUGGAGACACCGAAUACCACGCCUCACAAAAGUCUUUCUGGUCAGCACAAGAACAAAGUCUCAGCCCCGCUUGCAUUGUCAUCCCGACAACCACACAAGAUGUCUCCAUUGCCGUGGCUAUCCUUAGUGUUGGCCAUCAAGCGUCCAUCUCGCGUUGCAAGUUUGCUGUCAGGGGAGCAGGACAUACCCCACAAGCCGGAGCAGCAAACAUCGACGGAGGUGUCACGAUUGACAUGCAGAGCAUGAACCAGGUAGCCGUCUCUAGUGACCAAAAGAUUGUAAGCAUCGGGUCUGGUAAUAGGUGGGGCAACGUCUAUCCUACUCUCGACCGUCAAAAUCUCGCCAUGAUAGGCGGUCGUGUAUCCCCAGUAGGUGCUGGCGGUCUAAUCACAGGAGGUGGCAUAUCUUACUUUUCCGGUCGGUACGGCUUCGCAUGCGACAAUAUCCAAGCAUUCGAGAUCGUCCUUGCCAACGGAACCGUGGCCGUCGCAAGCAGCACAACGAACCGCGACCUCUUCCGCGCCCUCAAAGGCGGAAGCAACAAUUUCGGCAUCGUCACCAGGUUCGACGCCAAGCUGUAUCCGCAAACCCCUUUUUGGGGCGGCAGCAUCUCGCAACCCAUAACGAACAAGGACGCCAUCUUCGAAUUCUUCACCAAUUUCACCGUCAGCGCCAAUUACGACCCCUAUUCGGCUCUCUUGACCGAUUUUGCCUGGCUGGCGGGAAUCCCGACUAUCGUGCACCAACCUAUUUACACGAACGGGAAUGCGACGUGGCCGCCGCCAGCCUUCGAGGCGCUGGAUUCAAUGCCGAAACUCACGAGUACCAUGCGGAAAGACAGGCUCGCGAGUUUUACGGACGAGCUGGCUGCCACCUCGGCCGUCACCAAUGGCCGGAACAACCUGUUUCUGACAACGACGUUUGCCAACCGAGUGGACGUGACGGCGGAUUUCAUGGGCGAAGUGUUCGAGCUCGCGGAUGCAGCAGCAAAGGAAUUGAUCACGGUCGUCGGCCUGGUCUUCACCAUGACAUUCCAACCGCUACCGUAUGCCGUCUACUCGAAAUCAGCUUCAACGGGCGGCAACGUCCUAGGCCUCGACCGCUUCAGGGACGACCUGAUCAAUCUUCUCUUCACCAUAUCAUGGCAACUACCGCUCGACAAUGCGCGAGUGGAAGCCAGGCUAAAGGCACUGGAGACGGACAUCAACAAUCUGGCGAGGAGUAAGGGGAUAUUGAAUGAGUUUAUCUAUCUGAACUAUGCGAGUGCGUGGCAGGAUCCGAUUCGCGCGUAUGGAGAUGCAAAUGUAGGAUUUUUGAGGGGUGUGAGUAGGAAGUAUGACCCUAAUGGCUUGUUUCAGCGAGCGGUUCCUGGGGGAUUCAAGUUGGGUAUUUAGAGGGUUGGUCAAGCAUGCCUGAUAUUAUGGGCGUGGAGCUCGAGGAGAGACGGGGUGAUUGUCGCAGAGACGCUCGCCUGGGUUAUUGUUAGCGUUGAAGAGGGAUUCUGUGUGCUAGUUCGGAUGAAUGAAACAGCUUGAAUCGAGGAAUAAGUGUACUGCUUUU